AUGAGCCGACUUUUUCUCCUCGUGUUGUUAACGCACAUCGUGUUGGCCAUCGAGCCAUGCAUCAUUCAGCAGAAGAAGGCAGAGCCAGACAUUCGAGUGAUCGAGUUAGACGACUCCAGCAGCAGCGAGUCCGUAAGUAGCGAAAUCGUGGCCCUCCACCUGCCCGACCGACGAAGGAGGGAAAUCGAUAGUCAGGCGAGAAACGGUUCCUGCGAAACGGAUGAGGAUUGCGGUCCGGGGGCAAUCUGUCUCCUGCAUCUGACCUGCGUGAGGGGAAAGUGGCGGACCAUAGAUCCCCCGGAGACACGACCUGCCAAUUAA